UAAAAAAUAUGAAGCAUUUGGUAAAACAUUAGAACAAUCAAGUGGUACUAGUGGUAAUGACCGUCGAGUUUAA